UAUCUUCACUUGUUUAUAUUGACCGCGAGUCUCCGUGGCCCUUCGGCUCUGCACCUAGCAUCGUCUCUUUUCUUCUUUUCUCCACCCCCCUUUCCCUCUUCCCCUAUUAUUCUUAAUAACUCAACUUGUUGAGAUGCAAUGGUUGGUGGUAAAUUAUGCUUUGACGCAUGAUAUAUGCUAUCUUUACCAUAUGGGAGGCGAUUUCUCAAGACCAUCUCAGGGUGUUUCGGCUACGGGAAGAGUUUGUGUUUCAAGAGGCCGGAAGCCGUCGGGGCCUUAGAAGGAUAUGUGUAUUUUUGUUGUUUCCUCCCUUAUGUUCAUUUUCGAUCCGCUGGCCCAUUACCCGCCUCGUGAAUCUUGAUCUGUCUCCACGGCCCCUUUGUUACACAACGGGGCUUUUUUUUAAUGGGGAAUGAAGAGGGGCCAGUUAUGGAUGGAAGGACCGCUCGCUGAAGAAAUGGAGGA